AUGCACAACCCGUCGCAGGCCGCACACGUCGUCGUACCGCAGGCGCCGCUUGGGAACGCGACGAACGGCCUCCCCAGCCAGGCUCCCGGGAUGGGCGCAAAGGCGCUCCUCGCGAAGAAGUUCGCGACCCACAACCCCAAGUACGUCUCGCCGACGGACAAGAUGAUGACGCCCGUCAGCCAGAAGCUCAGCGCGGCCAAGAAGAAGCACUUCACAAAGGCCGCGAAGCCCAUGCAGUCGCUCUUUUCUCAGCGGGAGGCCGACUCGACCUCGUCGGACUCGGAGAGCCCCGAGGACGCACCGGACGCGCCGCGCCGCUCGUUGGAGGACACACCGCGUGCAGCCGCCCCCGCCACCGCAGACGACGACGACGAGAACCCUUUCUGA